AUGGAGGACGAGAUCUUGCACCAGCGGAGCCGAGUCUCCUGGGCUUACGAGAAGGUCGCCGCUAUUCUGAUCAUCAUUCUGGGUCCCUUCGUUGGACUGAUCGGCGGAGCCUGCUUGCCGCUAAUCUGGGUUUACUUCCGCGUCGAGCACCUCAUCCAGUAUCUACGGUCACCACGGGCCGCACAAGAAAAAGACACCAUUUUCAAAAUGGCCGCUCGCAGUGGAGGGGGAAAAGAGAUCGGCUAUUGUGCAGACUAUCUGAAAGAUGAGUUUCGGGACUAG